AUGAUCAUAGUUUUGAUAUAAAUUCUCUUUACGUUGACUUUGAGUAACAGAAUCAUUAAUCCACCAGUGAAGAUUGUAGAAGAGACUUUUACAUCGAAUGAUUUUUAUAGACAAGCCUCUGAAAUUAUUGAAAUACCUUAUGGAGCAUAUCCAGGAGUCUUUGCCAUAGACUUACAUCAGAGAGUAAAGGGAGAGAUUAGCAAUAAGAGCAUUAAUUUAGGAGACUUUGAGAAAGUUGAGGAGGAUCUUUUAGAGGAAGACGGUUGCUAUUCCAUUUAGAGGAAUAUUUAGAUCAGUAUGAAAUUGAAGCUUUGGCUUGACAAAAGUGGAUUAACAAGAGAUAUAUACUGUACUGAUGUUGCAUUGGCUGAGAAAUUUAGGUAGGCUUAUGUUGUUAGAAAUGAUUUCAAGAUUAUAUAAGUGGAUUUGAAUUACGGGCUAUUCUAAUUAUUACUUAACCCAAUAUAGACUUCCUUUGCCAAUAUGCUUGACUACGAUGAGGAUAAUACUGAUUAUCAUCCUUAUUUAGUGAGUGACAAGAAAUCAAAUAAAAUAUUUAUUUUUACAACAAAUGGAGGUUUGAGCUUUGAGAGUAAUUAAAAGAAAGAGAUAGAAUUUAAGGCUGAAAAGGAAAUUAAAAAAAGGGAUAAAAUCUAUAAUGUGCAUUAUAACGAAAAGCAUUAAUUAAUAUUUGUGGCAUGUGGAUAUGAAGGUGUGGAUAUAUACAAAAUCAAUAAUGGGAAUUUAGAAUUGUUAAUGGAUAUCUCAGCAGAUUAUUUGGGGAUUGAUAGUUAAAUAGUUGAUGUCAAUAGUAAUGGAGAAGAUCAAUUAUAUGUACUAGAUAUUGAGAGAGGAUUAAAAUUUUAUUGGAUUAAAAAUCUUAUGGAGCUUGUUUAUGAAUUUACAAUCAUUAUUUCGCAUGCUCAUAGUUUUGAUUUUUAUGAUAAUACAUUUUUUAUUGUAGCUAAAACAAUCAAUAAAUAAGAUUUUGCAAUAGAGGUCUUUGUUAAUUAAGUGACCUACGAUUAUUAUAUUAAUAACUAUUUUUUUGAUGAAAUGACCAUUAAUGAUGUAAAUGUCUUUUAGUAUUACGCUGUAUUGAUUGGAGAUGAUGGUCAUAAGAUUAUUUAUCAUUCAGUUUAUUAAGGUUUCUUAAACGAAAAUUUAGUUUCUCAUACAACAUUCUAUUAAGCAGAUUUGGUAAAGGUUAAAGAAUUUGAAUUUGAGGGAGAGGAGUUCUCGAAUCAAAGAAUCUUCGCAGCAAUUAGCAAAUAUGAAUUCUAAAUGAUUAACAUUAUUAUGAACAUGCCUAAGAUAGAAUGCAAAUACAAAGAUCCUGGAGUGAGAUAGUUUUAUGUGAAGAUUAAUUCAACCAGCUGCGCAGAAAAGGAGAAGGAGAAGAACCUAAAUUAUCAAUUUACUUUAUGCAAUGUAUCUCAUUCAUUCACUUUUACAACAACAGAAUUGGCUGGAAAUUACAAUACAUAUGCUUAUUACACUCUUACCCUGUAUGUUUUGGUUGUGGUUGGUAUUUGGCUGGUUGUUAUUCUGUACUACUUAAUAAAGAAGUGGGGAUAUAAGAUAAAAUACUUAAUUUGGAGAAAGAAGAUCGUUGAUGCCACUGCUCCUUACAAUGAGAGCUUUGAUAUAAAGGAAACAGAACUACCAGAAGCAAAACCAAAAUGA